UUGCUCACCCUACUUUGUCUUUUUCAGAUUAGCGAUUUAGGCGGAGGAAUCCCACGUUCCGAGUUAGAAGUUGUGUUUAAUUACACCUACACGACUGCUCGUGGUGGAGGCAAGAAUAAACCACCCGCCCCGAUUGGUGAAGGUGGAAAUGCACCGCUGGCUGGCUACGGGUACGGAUUACCGCUAAGUCGAUUGUAUGCGAAAUACUUCAACGGGGAUCUGAUUCUCGCUAGUGUGGAAGGUUACGGAACCGAUGCGAUUGUCUACUUGAAACGAAAUGCCGCAGAGGCGGACGAACUCCUACCGGUAUUCAAUCGAACUUCGGCGCGACAAUACGAAGCUGCAGGUAUCCCCGUGGCCGACUGGUCUAAUCCACAAUUCACCACAGGUUGGAGACGCACAUAA